AUGAGCUCGGCCAUGGAAGCCAGCCUGGGCAUCUCUGGCCACAGACCCCGCACGGAGCUGGAUGAUGAGGACUACUACCCCCAGGGCGGCUGGGACACCGUCUUCCUGGUGGCCUUGCUGCUCCUGGGGCUGCCGGCCAACGGGCUGAUGGCAUGGCUGGCGGGCUCGCAGGCGCGGCAGGGCGCGGGCACCCGCCUGGCACUCCUCAUGCUCAGCCUGGCGCUCUCUGACCUCCUGUUCCUGGCAGCGGCUGCCUUCCAGAUCCUGGAAAUCCAGCACGGGGGGCACUGGCCACUGGGCACGGCCGCCUGUCGCUUCUACUACUUCCUGUGGGGUGUGUCCUACUCCUCGGGCCUCUUCCUGCUGGCGGCGCUCAGCCUGGACCGCUGCCUGCUGGCACUGUGCCCACGCUGGUACCCGGGACGCCGCCCGGCCCGCCUGCCGCUCUGGGUGUGCUCCGGCGUCUGGGUGCUGGCCACCCUCUUCAGCGUGCCCUGGCUGGUGUUCCCCGAGGCCGCCGUCUGGUGGUACGACCUGGUCAUCUGCCUGGACUUCUGGGACAGCGAGGAGCUGCCGCUGCGGGCCUUCGAGGUGCUGGGGGGCUUCCUGCCCUUCCUCCUGCUGCUCGGGAGCCACGUGCUCACGCAGGCCGCCGCCUGCCGCACCCGCUGCUGCGGCCGCCGCCCGCCCCGGCCACCCGCCUGCCGCGGCUUCGCGCGUGUGGCCAAGACCGUGCUGUCGGCCUACGUGCUACUGCGGUUGCCUUACCAGCUGGCCCAGCUGCUCUACCUGGCCUUCCUGUGCGACCUGUACCCCGGCUACCUGCUGUGGGAGGCACUGGUCUACUCCGACUACCUGGUCCUGCUCAGCAGCUGCCUCAGCCCCUUCCUCUGCGUCCUGGCCAGCGCCGACCUCCGCGCCCUGCUCCACGCCCUGCUGGCCUCCUUCGCCGCCGCGCUCUGCGAGGAGCAGCCGGGCACCAUUCUGCCCGCUGAACUCCAGAACGGGGCACACUCCAGCCACACUCCCCCAGAGGCCCGACCACACGGGAACCCCCCAGCCCAGCCGCCGGUGAAUCCCCCUGCCCAGCCACCAGCGAGCCCCACGACCCAGGCACAGGUGAACCCCACAACCCAGCCACUGGUGAACCCCACGACCCAGGCACAGGUGAACCCCAUGACCCAGGCACAGGUGACCCCAAUAACCCAGCCACAGGUGACCCGCACGACCCAGGCACAGGUGAACCCCACAACCCAAGCACAGGUGAACCCCACAACCCAGCCACCGGUGAACCCCAUGACCCAGGCACAGGUGAACCUCACAACCCAGGCACAGGGGACCCCAAUGACCCAGGCACAGGUGACUCCAGUGACCCAGGUGACCUGCACAACCCACGCACAGGUGAACCCCACAACCCAAGAACAGAUGAACCCUACAACCCAGGCACAGCCAGAUCCUGCAGGUCAGUCCUCACUGAGCCUUAUCACCCAGCCCCAGCUUAACCUCCAGCCCCAGGGGAAUCUCCAGCCCCAGCCUGAGAUGAGCCCCCAGACCCCAGAGACCCUCCCAAGCCAGCCAGAGUCAGACCCCACAGUCCAGCCCUCACUGAGCCCGGCAACCCAGCCCAAGGUGCAGUGUGAGGUCCAGGGACCGGAUCCCGCAGAGCAGCCAGAGGCCAGCCCUGAGGCCCAGCCCCGAGCAGCCAGCCCAGCCCCCAGCCCCUGUGAGGAAACACCCGCUGCUCCCGCCCCCACCCCAGAAGCCCCCAAGAGCCCAGCACCGCCUGCCGCGUCUGAGGGUCAAGAACCUGGCAGGGCCCCCCCAGAGGCAGCCCCAGGCGCCGAGCCCACGUGA